AUGGACUUAAUAACGCUGCUUGAGUUCAUCCUGUACGCGAUUGCUGCUGGAGUGGUGUCGCUGUGCCUGCUUUCGUGGUUCACCCCUUGGCCUGUGAGGACUCGGAGUGAAUUGCAGCAAGCGAUGUUCAUAUACAAUCCAGAAAUUUCCAGUUCCGAGCAAUUCCAGUCGUUGUUGCUUGGAGGAUCAUUCGGGCAGCUGCAGUCCACAGAUCCGGAUUUGUAUCUUUCGGUCGUUGUUCCAGCUAUGAAUGAAGCAAAAAGACUUCCCGCAAUGCUGGAUGAGUGCUUGCCCUAUCUGGAACGACGACAAGCCGCUGACCCCUUGUUCACAUAUGAGGCGAGCUUUUCAAAACACCUGUCUCGCAGCUUUUCGUGUAUCGCGUGCGAAGGAAAACAUGGAAGUGUUUACUUCUGUUACGUUUUCAGUGCUUAUAUUUGUUAUGUUCUGUUGCAGAUUAUUGUUGUGGAUGAUGGUAGUGGAGCAGUACGUAGCGGUGUGUUGUGUGCUCGCGGUGCACUAAUUUUAUUCGCGGAUGCCGAUGGUGCGACAAAAUUCUGGGAUUUCGAUCGUGUUGAAGGAGAACUGCUUUCCUUAAUAGCUCCAAACAAUCAUUUGACGCGGGAUUUAUCAAAGUUGAACUGGCUUAGUCAGGCAAUAGCCGUUGGCUCAAGGGCACAUAUGGAAAAAGAGAGUAUAGCGACGCGUUCGUUAGCACGAACACUAUUAAUGAUUGGUUUCCAUUGCAUGGUAUAUAUUUUCGCAGUGCGAACAGUCCGAGAUACGCAGUGUGGAUUUAAAUUGUUUACUCGUGGAGCUGCUGCAAAGUUGUUUCCGUUGCUGCAUAUUGAACGCUGGGCGUUUGACGUUGAAUUGCUUUUUCUUGCCGAACAUUUUUGUAUACCGAUUGCCGAGGUGGCUGUAACGUGGCAUGAAGUUGAUGGCUCAAAAAUAGUGCCGGUAUUGUCAUGGAUUCAAAUGGGCCGUGAUCUGAUUUUGAUUUGGUUUCGCUAUGCUACCGCCCUUUGGAGCUAUGACUUACUCUAA